AUGAGCAUUGAUUACAAUAGAUGGUGGACUCUGAAAAAUGGAGAAUUCCACGAAGAAAAUAAUGAAGAAUCGAAAUCAAUUACUGAAGAUUACCUAAUUUAUCCUGGGACAACCACGGAACUGGAUAUCAGAAGUCUUCAAAAUCUUUCGGUUGAAAAAAUUGCGGAUGAGAUUUUGGCUCAACAAGGGUCAUGGAGCAUCGUAUAUUACAACCAUAAGCUCGGAAAAGUUUUCAUUGGUAGAGAUGUAUUCGGACGACAAUCUCUUGUAUUCAAUUUCGAAUUGAUGAUGUUUGGAUCUCGGACGAAACCAGGCACACCAGGAAAUUGGAUUGAAAUUCCCUUCGGACAAGUAACUGUUCUAGAUGCGAACAUGAACGAAAACAAUCAUCCUAUCAUUUUUUCCUAUAUGGAAUGUUAUCCAGAGGAUAUUAUCGACCAAUAUUUCUCGAACUUUCUCCCGACACGAAUUAUUGUUCACAAGAAAGAUAGUCUUCUAAAUGUGAGCAGAGAAACAGGAGGAGAAAUAAAUACUUCCAAUUCUAAAAUGCUUUUGGAGAAAGUGACAGAAGCUACCAAAGUUUUGUUGAGAAACUAUACCAGAAGCCACGUGGCAGUUUGUCUGUCGGGAGGAGUUGAUUCAACAUUCAUUACUCAUGUAGUACACGCUAGCGUUGCUUCAGAGAUAUGCAUCGACCUUGUGAACGUAGCUUUUGGAAAUAGUGAAAAGGAAUGUGAACAAGCACCGGAUCGUAAUCGAGCUAGAAAAGCUCUGGAAUCCUUCCGUGUCGCUUAUCCGGAACGUCAGUUUCGUUUGAUUCUAGUCAAUGUGGAUAACCAACAACUGGAACAAGAUAGAAUAGAAUCAGUGGCUUCUGCUGCUAAACCAGCAAGUUCCGUACUCGAUGAUUCACUGUCUUGUGUUCUUUGGUAUGCAGUUCGGGCUGAAGGUUUCGAUAGUGAAAACAUGAAUCAAGUGAGAUCUCCAGCCACAACAUGUCUACUUGGGUCAGGAGCCGAUGAGCUACUGGCUGGAUAUGCAAGACAUCGAACAAGAUUUGAAAAAGAAGGAAUCGCCGAGAAUAUUGCAGAGGAGUGUGAGAAUGAAUUGAGAAGAUUGGGCACGAGGAAUGGAGGACGUGAUGCAAGAGUGGCUGCUCAACUUGGAAAAACUAUUUUGUCGCCGCUGCUGGAAGAUACUGUAGUUAGCUGGCUGAAUUCUCUUCCAGUUGAUUCGAAAUGGGAUCUCUCGUUGCCACGUGGCGUCGGAGAGAAGCAGUUACUCAGAGAAACUGUGAAGAUGCUUGGAUCUCCGUAUGACGCACCAAAACAGGCAAUGCAGUUUGGUUCCAGAAUGGCAAAAAUGAGUAAUGCCGGGAAUAAUUCUAUCAAGGGAAGUGAUAAAUCACCUUAUUUGUUUAAAACUGUUGAUUGA